GAAAAAAAAGAAAGAAGCUCCAUCUCUAUCCUUAUCAAGAAAAAAAAAAGAAGAAAGAAACUCCAUUUGAAUGCGAAAAUUCAACGCUUAGCUAGACUCCUCUCUCAAUAAUUGCUCAUCCUUCGAAGAAUAUUCGCCGGACAGGUCCUUCAGGAUUGAGGACUCUUAGCUUCACUUGCUUUACCAGAAAUCCCGUCCUCAGAAUUUAGAUACCACGGGCCCUCUCUCUAUCUCUCGUGUGGAUGCGACUCCUUCGUUCCUUCCAGAUCCUAAUCCAUUGAUCCAUUCUCUGUCCCACAGUAUUUAAGUCCCCUCACAAACUUGGAAAACAAGAAGAUCAAACUACGUGUAUGUUUCCUGAAAACUUUAUUAUUGAGUUAAGACGGCAGAUAAUAGCAAUGUAGACUCCUCUCCUGUUUCUUGAAACUUCUUCCAACACUCCUCCUCGGCGAUUUACACCUUGAACACAGCCAGCAACGCUUCUUCAUAAAGUUUGGAAGGGCUUGAUGGGGGGAAAACCCUUGUGGGUUCCUCCCACAUUGGAUUUCUCCUUGUUGAAUAAAAUCAAAGUCUCUCCUCCUCUCAGGCUCCUCCCCAAUACCCCCAACUUGAUCUCAGAACCUGAACACGAACCCAAAUCCAUCACACUCCCCUCGCCACCCCAACAAUCCCUCCCCAACAACCCCUUAUCCGAUCUCAUCACCUUCUUUGCCAAGUCUUUCCAAUCCAUUCUACAGUCCCGGCCUGCUGCCCCGGCCCGCCGUCCGAUUUCUCGAUCGGAGGCCGGGUGCUUGGUGCCCCUCUUUCGGCCCUAUGUUGCCAAGGUGCCAUGGCACGGAGGUGCGAGGGCCUUCCUGUCGCAGUUAUUCCCACGUUACGGCCAUUACUGUGGUCCGAAUUGGUCGAGCGGGAAGGAUGGAGGCUCGAUGCUGUGGGAUCGGCGGCCUAUUGAUUGGCUGGACUUCUGCUGCUACUGCCAUGAUAUUGGCUACGACACGCAUGACCAGGCUAAGCUCCUCAAGGCAGACCUCGCGUUCCUCGAGUGCUUGGAGAAGCCACGAAUGGCGACCAAGGGAGGAGCCCAUGUCGCUCUUCUCUACAGGGCGAUGUGUAUUGCGGGGUUAAGGUACAUACUCAUACCUUACAGGAUGCAGCUGUUGAGAUUACAGGCUGGGCCAUCAUUCAUGGAGGUGUGUGGGAAUUUGAUGAGUAAAGUAACAAUGCCAGGAAAGAUUGCAACUGCAAACCAUAAGGAGAGAAUCGAGAGAUUGUGAAUAUGUCUACGUAACUCCACCUAGAAUACUCGCUUUGAGGGGCUGGCAGUUAUGGGUGUAUUGCGGAUUAAUUGGUUUACCUAGGUUUUUUUUUUUUUUUUGUAUUUAUGAGUCUUUAUCUAUUUGUUAGUUGAGAAUGAGCGUAGGCUCAAUGGUAAGGUUGCUCCGCUCUAAGCUGGGUGUCACAGGUUUGAAAGAUGGAAACAGCCUCUCCACUCACAAGGGUAAGGCUGUGUACGUCUAACUCCCCCCAGAUCCUGCAGUGGUGGGAGUCUCAUGCACUAAGCUAUACCUUUUUCCCCAUCUUUUUAUAGGCUCCUCAAAGACCGGAUAAUAAGAUAUGCAAUUAUAGGCAUCUUAUCUUCUAGUCAAGAAUAGACUUUUUAUGUUAAACCCUAGUCAUUAUGAGCUUGUUGUGAAGCCAGUUGGCUGAUGCAACCUUAGGUGUUGUCCAGCCAACUCUUUUCUAAUCUUAUCCAGAUUGAUUGGUUCUAUCCUGCUUAUGAGCAAUUGUGAGGCAUUUAUUAAACACAUUCUGAUUUAAAUUAAAGAUUUGAGUCUUCAUUUCAAAUAAGUUAUCGUGCAUGUACUGCUAAAGAUUUUGGAUAUACGAGGAUUUAAUGAAAUUCUGAGAUUUAGAAGUCAAAAAAAAAAAA